AUCAUGGUAAUGAAUUAAGCUUGUUUGAAAGCCAUGGGAUGCGGUGCCUCGUCUCAGAAGAACAGCGCGGUGCAACCAGGGCCCAAACCACAUGCCAACCCACGCGGCAGCGCUGCUGAAGCGGCAACUGCACCCACAGCGCCCACGACGCCUGCAGCGACAGCUGCGGGCAGCGUACCACGAGAGCAGCCCGCCAAAAACGGGCUUAACCCUCCUGUGGUUGACGCUGCACUGGUGGCCGCCGAGCGCGCCGCCGCGGCCGAGCGCGCCGCAGUGGCGGCUCACGCGGCCCUAGGGAAUGAUACUGCUGCAGGCUCAAAAGAUGCUGACGGCAGCAGCGGCGCCGGCGGUGGCGCCGGGCUGUUGUGUCAGGGGCUAGGAGGCGACCUCGCGUCCUUCGCGGCUGAGGCCCUCAGCAGCACGUGUGCGGACCUGACGGAUGCACUGCGGCAUGUGCCGUACGCGGGUGCCGUGUUCUCCACCGUACGAGUGUUCUUCACGCGGGCGCAGCAAGUACGGCAGAACCAGCGCCUCUUCCUGGUGUUGGCCAUGCAGGUGCGCUCCGCGUCCGAGUGCCUGCGAGUCAUGUCAGAGCUGCAGCAGGCGGUGCAGGCGGCCUCAGAUCUAAUGCUGGACUUCACUGACCGCAGCUGGUUCGUGCGCGUCAUGAUCGCGCCGCGUAUUGCCGAGGACGCCGAGCACGUGCACAAGCUGCUCACCGUGGCGCAGCAGAACCUGGACAGCGCCUGCAUGCAGUUCCUGGUGAGGCAUACCGCCGGUGCUGCUGCCGGCGGUGGCGGCGUGGGUGCUACAGCCGUAGCCGCCUCGCAGCAGCAGGAGGCCUUCGCAGCGGCUCAGGCUGAAAUGGCGGCGCUGGUGCUGCAGCUGCAACAGCUGCUGGCGGCAGCGAGUGCGGUAGGGCUGGCGCUGCCAGGGCUGCCUGCCGCGCCUGCGGCGGCUACCAGUACUUCCCUGCCGGCGCCACUGCCAGCUUUCGCUGCUUCCGCGUCUUGCGCGGCAGCGGCCGGAGAUGGAGCUGGGGGCUCUGGGUGGGGCUCAGAGCUGGAUCCGGAGGAAGCAGACGAAGAGGCCGCAGAGGGCACACAGGAAAAGCGGAAGGAAGGGCCGCGGCGGAGUGCGGCUGCUGCCAACAGCAGCAAAUCAAAGCGGGCGGAUGUGGAUGACCUGUCAGACAACUUUGCAACCGCACUGGACCUCUCCAGGCCCUACUCCGCCGCAAGCAGCGCGGCCCGGGGCACUGAUGAUGGGGCCCUGCCGCUACUGGCGGGCCUCCAAGCAAUGCUGGCCAGACGCGGGCCCAGGGGCAAGCAAAGCGCCGCCGCUGCAUCGGCAGCGCCGCCGCCACCGCCGCCUCGGCUGCUGGCUGCCUCAGCCGCGCCCCCGCCCGCUGGCCCCAAUGUGCUUGGCGACAUCAAGCACCAAGGUAGCGGUGGCGGAGACGGUGCAGGCAGCGAGGUGGCCGGCAGUGGCGACGCGGACGCGGAAUCAUUGCUGCAGCAGCUGCAUGCGCUGACCGGUCUCGACGCUGACGAGGUGGCGAAGGUGACCGAGGACGCAAUUGAGCUACUGGAGUGCCGCCAGGACGCCGCGGCUGAGGCUGCCACGGCCGGGCAGGAGCUGCCGCCGGGCGGCGCCGCGCUCCUGCAGCUGAGGCGCAAGCAGCAGCAAGGCAAGGGGCGCUUCAACCUGGUGCAGCCGCCGCUGCUGCAGCCGGAGCCUGCGCCGGCUAGGUGCAUGGCAUGGGUGCCGCGGCGGCGUGACAAGGACCAGGAUGGCCGGGUUACUGUGGUCCCGGCGCACGCAUGUAAACCCAAGCCCACGUACAGGAUUCAGGCAGACGAGUUUGCGGGGUACUUCUAUGUCUGUGGCAAGCACAAGACCCUGUUUGAUGCGUACGAGCACACUAUGGAGCAGCUAUAGACUGCCUGGCGCUGUGCAUGUGGUUAUCAUUUGGCGGUAAUGCGGUGGGUCGUCAACUGCUGUUCCAUGGUGGUAGGCUGGUAGCAGGAUGCAUGUGACGAAUGUACCAGGGGCCAGGGUUCUCCAGCCAGGAGCAAUCCAGGACUUUUUAGGGGUUAGGGCAAAAAGCGCAGGAGAUUUUUUGGGGAUCCCUCCUGCGGAGCAGGAGGGAUUAGGCCCCCGCCAGGGGGCCGCUCCUGGCACGGGUAGGAGGGCCUGGCGGGCCCUCCUCCUGGCUGCCAGGAGCAUUUCAGGCUAAGACCAUAGGUGCACUCCUGCACCCCAAGCAAGGGCCCGAGAGGUCGAGGUGUCCCCAUCGACAAGAACGCAUUCCUCAGCACAACAUGCAUGUUUUUAUGGGGUUUGGGGGGCUGAUUUUCGCGAAAUUUCCCGGGCUAGGGGAGAAGCCCGGGCUAGGGGGAAAACCCCCUCCCAGACAUCCCCGGUCGGUACAAAUGGUGGCAUAUGGCAGCGACGGGGCGUCAGUAUUUAUGGGCAAGCACAACGGUGCAGUGGUUAGGUCAAGGAGAAAGCUCUGCUUUUUGGUUACCGUGCAUUGUCUUGCCCAUCGCAUAGCGCUAGAGGAGGGUGGUGACCUGACGCUGGCGUAAGAGUUGGACCUGGAGGAGCUGGGCUGGGGGUUCUGAAGGUAUACCUGGCUGUACGUGGUGACGGAAGGGAAGCGCAGGUAACAAGACUGAGGCAGCUAUCCAAUGGGGCUGGGAAAAAAAUUUACAUACAGGAGUAGCUGGGGCAAGCGCUCCUGGCGCGCAGGAGAAUUUAGGGCCCCCGCAGGGGGUCCUUCCUGGCAGCGCCAGGAAGGGGAUCGGGGCGUACUUCAUACAUGGCAGGGGUUUUUAGAACGCCCGUGUAUAACCCUGCCAGGGGCAGAUGGCGUGGGCAGAGGGUGCCAACUGCGCAAGCAAAACAGCUGUGCUAAGACGUGCUAAGGCCGCACGACGGCCGCUUCAACGUAGUGCUCAUGCGCAUGUGACAUGAGCUCAUCAUCAUUUUACGAGAUAAGCAGGAUGAUAUUGCAUGAGCGACUGUGAGGUGCAUGACUGCAUGGGCGUGGUGGGGGUGGAGCAAGAGGGAUUGCAGGCUGCAGGCAGGAAGAUGAGGAGGC